UGUUAAACCAUCCAACAAUAACGAGCUUCAUUAAUUAUGCGGUAAUAAAUAAGUGGAAAAAUUGAAAAAGACCUUGAUUUAUUUCGUUUCACAAUGUUAGUUGUUUACCUGUUUAUCUCUUGUCUCGUGCAUCGGUCUUAUCAAGAUGUUAUAGCGAAAUGUUGUCAAGAAAAUUUUGAAGUUGAACAAAGUGCAAAUUUGACUCUUGAGUGCAUCUCGAAGAAUAAUAAUACGCGUCUUCAAGUUUGGUCGAGUUUGAAUAAUUUUUUGAAAAACAACAGUGACGGAGAGUGCAUUGAUAUUGAUUCUAGCAACAGGCACUUUUACAAUUACAUAGUUAACAGUUCGGUUUUAGUGACAAAAACUUUAAUCGAAUCUAAGGAAAUUUUUCCAAAAUGUUGUCCAUUAAAUUACGUUUACAACAACUUAACUCAUUCUUGCGUUGGAAGCAACAUUACACAAAAUCAUAUUGAAAAUCAAUUUGUAAAAGUUGGUCUACCGCAUUGUCAAAUAAUUAUAGAUAAAUAUUUCAAAAACCAUCAAAAGGCAAUCGAAUGGAAAAAACAUCUAAAUAGCGGCAGUUAUUGUAUGGAUAAAGACAUCAGGAAUGAGUUUGUAGUAAGGGAAUGUCAGGAGGGUUUGGAAAUUUGCGAAAACAAGAGGUGUUUUAAAAAAUGUUGCGGGGACGGACAGAGUUUUGUUGGCGGUGGAACUUGCGUCGAUACUUUUGUCCAUGGACUUAAAUUGGACAACCAAUGGUAUUCUCCUUAUAUCGAGGAUAUUGAAGAUGACUACGAAUUAAUCUAUGGCGCCAAAUGUCCGAAAGUUUCUUUAUUCCGCGAAAACAAAAUCCAGUACAGCAUAGGAAAAAAUGGCCAAUUCCAAUUCUUUUACAACUUCAGCGGAGAAUUCGUUGAACAUAACUAUUCCAAUCUGAAAUCCUAUUGUUUAGAACAUGCCACUAAAGGUUCCGUCAGCGGGUACCACUUUUUCUAUUGCCUGGACGAAAAACCGUUAAUCGCAAAAUACGCUUCAACUUUAUGGGCCAAAGUACUGAGUUGUAUUUUGUUGGUACUUACCCUGCUGGUGUACUUUUAUUUGGGAGAAGUUAAAAGUACUUUUGGAAAAAUUUUAGUCAAUUAUUGUGCGGCUAUGACAUUAUUUAUGGUUACUCUGAUUGUGGCGCAUUUGAGGAGGAAUCAUCAGAAGUUGGAAUGUAAAUUUAGAGCUUAUGCAUUGAUCUUCUUUAACAUGGCAGCUUUUGCUUGGGUUAAUAUUAUGUCAUUGGAUAUUUGGUGGACUUUUGGCACACCAAGACGUACUAUUGGAAGUGACCAAAAAAGAAAAGACUUGAAAAAGUUCCUAUUUUAUUUUCUCUAUGGUUGGGGUAUGCCUCUGUGUCAUGGGUUGUUGAUCCUGCUGUUUGAUCUUACAACCAUUUUACCGGAACCCAUACAGCCUUACCUUGGCAUUUAUCAAUGUUUUUUGGAAGAUAGAAAUUAUGCAAGAACAGUCCUAUUUUUAAUACCACAACUAUUAUUCCAAAUAUUCAACACAGUCCUAUUUAUAAAAACAAUUACUUAUUGUAUCAGAGUUAAAAAUGAAAUAAGCAGAAUGAACGAUACAAAUAGAAAUGGCAGAUUUGCAGCUGAUAAAGAAAAGCUAGGACUUAUCGUUAAACUAGCAACAAUUAUGGGAAUUAUUUGGGUGUUCGAAGUGACCACAGCAUUCUUUACCAAUAUGAGAACGUUUAAUGAAUUUACUAAAAAUUUGGAGAUCGUUCUGGAUACAAUUACUUGUCUUCAAGGUGUUUUCAUCUUCCUAAUAUUUAUAUGCAAGAAAAAAACGUUAAAUGCAUUAAAAGCCAAACUGGGUCUUGGAGAGAGAAGAAUUUCGUGUUCAGCGUCACAGUCUAGUCAUGUCAAUGGACAUUAUCCUAUGAAUAAAAGGCAAACUACUAUAAGUUUAAAUGAGAGUAGAAUAUAAACUUGAUUGUGUUUUUGAAUUCCUGCCAAGAAAACAAACAAAAAAAUAGAAAGAUCCAAAGAAAACUCAGUAUUUUAUUACUUACAAUCAUAAAAUAAAUAACUAAUAAUAAUAGUUUUAUAUUAAAAGUGUUAAUAAAAGUUAUGAGAAUAUAUUUUUGUUAUAAAAUUUUAUCUCGUAGGUAUGUGUAGAUGUGUAUCACACAACAAAUUAUUUAUAUAGUAAUCUUGAUGGUUUGAUUUCAAGAAUUACUGCACUGGGCCCAAGAACUCCAAAAUGAGAAAAUUUCUAAUUUUUGAAUAGCAAUUUUUAUAUAAUCUAUAGGAUUAUACAAUAAGUUUUUUUUCUGGUCGUAGCCAUCUGAGUGUCUAAUGCAUUUUUUCAAAGAAUUUAUCUUCAACUUGUUGCUAUAUUGAUAAUAGCCUUUUCUCAAAUGAAGUACAUAGUAGUGGAAAAUAUGGAUCAGAUUAUUAUUCCACCAGUUUCAGUUUCUAAUUGUACAAAAUUUUAAUCAAUGAUUCUUACGAAAUACAUUAUUGUUACAAAAGCUUUAUGUUUCUCCUAAAUAAAUAAUCAUAUUUUUAAUAAAUGUGUUUCAUUCCUGGUCCUGAAAAUUGAAUUUUUAGUUUUGGAGCUUGCAAAGCAAUGUAAUCAAAAUCAAAUAUAACUCAAAGGUUUGCUUUUUUUGAUCAUGGUGUUGCUAGGCUUGUGAAGUAGUUGGACUUUCUAAAACUCUCUUGAUUUCACAAUAAUAGUGGGUGGGUAGAGAUAAGAAUCAUCUCAAUAAUAAUUGUGACAUGAAAAUAUGACCAUAAGAUUUUAAAAUGUAAUGUUCAAAUUCCAAAAUUAACACUUUCAACACUUAACAGUAGAAAAGACUAUUACCGAAAAAAAGUAGCUUCAAAUCUCAUUAGGUACAUCCCCUUGGCCCACACUGUUGAGUCCUUUUAUUGCCAACCUCCAUGCAACAUUCUUCUUUAAAAGCAACAUUAUCAAGUUUAAUCGUAUCUUUAGUAAUUUCAGCCUGAUAUUUCCCAGGGGCAACUUCCUGAGCUUGUAUAACACAAGUUUUGAGUUCGUGCUCAACCGCUCUGGCAUAGUUUAGGAGUUCCUGGAUGGCUGCUUCAUUUUCGACGUGUUUUUGCUUUUUGAAUUCUUGGUUUAUUUUGGUUCUGCCCUCAGCGAGAGCGCGAUUGUCGUUUUUGAAAACGGUUUUUCUGGUUUGGUGUAGUGAUUUGAAGGUCUGGAGGACUUCUUGUCUUAGUUUAUUCGACAUGGUUUUAGUCGCCUAGAAU